AUGACCGACGCUUCCUACCUCGGCCCUUCCGGCCCAGCUCCAGCGCCCUCCGUCUUCUCUCGCGACUCCACCUACACCUCCCUCGCUCCCUCGGUUCGCUCUCACGGCGCCCGCUCCUCUUGGGGUAGCAGCAAAUUGCUCGCAGCCGGUGAGGCUCCCCCCGCAGGGUCAACUCUCCCUAGUGGCGCAGCCGCAGCCCACGCUCCCCGCCAACAGUCCCAGCUCCAGCAUGGUUACACCUCGCCAUACGACGACGAGGCAGUUGGCUCGUACGCCCCAGCAGGCGCCGUCCCCACCGCUCCCGACUACGAGAAGACGCCCGCAUGGGCCACGCAGAACAACCAGCGCAAACGCAAGUCGCGUUGGUGGCUUUGGGCCCUCCUCGCGCUCAUCUGCUUGAUCUGCAUUGGUGUCGGCCUCGGCGUCGGUCUCGGCGUUGGCCUCAACAAGAACAACUCGGGCUCCGACUCGGCCAAGGAGAAGCCAGGUGCCACCGACUCGGUCGGCGUUACCACCGGCACCGAAACCCCUACUGCUACUUCGGCAGCUCCUACUGCAACCCCUGUUCCCACUACAGGCGGCUUUGGUUCGAUCAUCACUCUCGCCGACGGAACCAACAUGACAUAUGAGAACGAGUUUGGCGGCCACUGGUACUGGGACCCUGCCGACCCGUUCAACAACAAUGCCCAGGCCAACUCGUGGACCAAGCCUCUCAACCAGAGCUGGGACUGGGAGAAGGAUAUUAUCUUUGGUGUCAACCUCGGCGGCUGGCUCAACACUGAGCCCUUCAUUGUCCCCGGCCUCUACGAGCGCUACUCGACUGGCCCCGCCGGCACCUCUGUGGACGAGUACACCAUGUCGAUCAACAUGGGUGCUGACCUCGAGAAGGCCAUGACCGAGCACUACGAGACCUUCAUCACCGAGCGCGACUUUAUGGAGAUUACUGCUGCUGGUCUCAACUGGAUCCGUCUCCCGAUCGGCCACUGGGCUGUCCAGAAGGACCCUAGCGAGCCUUACCUUGAGCGUGUUGCUUGGACUUAUGUCCUCAAGGCCCUCGGCUGGGCCCGCAAGUACGGUAUCCGUGUCAACUUUGACCUUCACACUGCCCCCGGCUCGCAGAACGGUUGGAACCACUCUGGCAAGAUUGGAACAGUCAACUGGAUGAAGGGCCCCAUGGGUCUCGCCAACGCCCAGCGCACCCUCGAGAUCAUCCGCAGCAUCGCCCAGUUUAUCUCGACUGACGAGUGGAAGGAUGUUGUUCCUAUGUUCUGCCUCCUCAACGAACCCAACGGUGCUGCCAUCGACAACUCGAACGCCAAGGGCCAGGUCGGCACCUUUGUUCUCGAGGCCUACAGGACUAUCCGUGCUGUUACUGGUUUCGGCGAGGGCAAGGGUCCCAUGAUCGCCAUGCACGAUGCCUUCCUCGGCGUCCAGAACUGGUUCGACUUCCUUCGCGGUGCCGACCGUCUUGCCAUGGACCAGCACCAGUACCUCGUCUUCCAGCCCCAGCUUACUGGCUCCAUCUCGUCGUUCCAGAACCAGCCUUGCCAGGCUUGGGCUGAGCGCACCAACGAGACCUCGAUCCGCUUUGGCGCCAACAACGCCGGCGAGUGGUCGGCCGCCAUCAACGAUUGUGGCCAGUGGCUCAACGGUGUCGGCCUUGGCUCGCGCUACGACGGCACCUUUGCCGGCUUUGCCGACCGCCGCAUCGGCUCGUGUGCUUACUGGGAGGACUACACUCAGUGGGACCAGGCUACCAAGGACGGUCUCCGCGAGUGGGUUGCCUCGUCCAUGGACGCGUUCCAGAACUUCUUCUUCUGGACUUGGCGCAUCGGAAACGCCACGACCACUGUCCCAUCUCCCAACCCCAUGUGGCACUACCGUCUCGGCUGGAAGGAGGGCUGGAUCCCCGCCGACCCCCGCUCGGUCGCUGGUACCUGCCGUCGUGCAGGCGUCUCGGGUCAGCAGUACUCGGGCACCUUCUCCGACCCUUGGAUGGCUGGCAAGGGCCAGAUCCAGCCAGAGCUCCCCGCCGCCCAGACUGCUUCGUACGCUUGGCCCCCAGCCCAGUUCACCGACAUCUCCCCCGCUCAGAUGAACCAGAUCCCUCAGUACACCAAGACUGGCACGCCCAUCACCCUGCCCGUCCCCACCUACACCAACCCCGCCAAGCCUGAGGAGACGAUCAACGCCGGCACCGGAUGGGCCAACCCCAACGACGGCCUUGGGCAGGCAUACGUCAAGGUCGCCAACUGCGAGUACCCCGCCAUUUACGACCCCCAGGGCGGCACUGGUCCCGGCCAGUGCGGUGCUGGCGGCGGUGGUGGUGCUCCCUCGGCCCGCGGCUACCCUCCGCGCGUGUAA